UGGCCUGUGGUGGGUGUGGCCUGUGGUGGGCGGGACCCCAUAAAGCCUCGCCGCCGGGCGCUGCUCCAACCUCCGCAGAGCAUGGCUGUAGGGCCGCUGGCUGCCCGCGGGCUCCAGCUGCUGCUGCUCCUACCGCUGCCGCAGGUGGCGCUGGGCUUCGCGGACGGCAGCUGCGACCCCUCGGGCCAGUGCCCGCCCCAGGCCCGCUGGAGCAGCCUGUGGCACGUGGGGCUGGUCCUGCUGGCAGUCCUCCUGCUGCUGCUGUGCGGGGUCACAGCUGGCUGUGUCCGCUUCUGCUGCCUCCGGAAGCAGGUACAGGCCCGGCCACAUCUGGCAACAGCACGGCAGCCCUGCGACCUGGCGGUUAUCCCUAUGGACAGUGACAGCCCUGUACACAGCACUGUGACCUCCUACAGCUCCAUGCAGUACCCAGUGGGCACGUGGCUGCCCCUGCCCUUCGGGGAGCUGGACCCCGACUCCAUGGCUCCUCCUGCCUACACCCUGUACGCCCCGGAGGCUCCACCCUCCUACGAUGAAGCUGUCAAGAUGGCCAAGCCCAGAGAGGAAGGGCCGGCACCCUCCCAGAAACCCAAUCCUCCCCUUGGGGCCUCAGGCUUAGAGACCACUCCAAUGCCCCAGGAAUCAGGCCCCAGUACCCAACACCCACCCUGUAGCCCUGGUGCUCCUUGAAAGAGGUAGGAGAACAGACCAGAGCUCAGAGAACUGGCACUUGGAGCCAAGGGCCCGCAGCCCACCCCACCAUCCAGAACAUUGCUGUGGCCCAGCCUUGGUACUGUGUUACGCCGCCAGCUAGCCCAGCCGGCCUCGUGGCGUCACCCCCGAGGCAGGCUGCUGCUUUCAGCCUCGGCCCCUGGCCCAGCCCCAGCAGGCUCUCAGCCUGGAGGAAGCCCCCUGGGCCUGAGCCUCAGGUGGGAGCUCAGGACCAGCUGUGACAUCUGCAUCUUCUUGGAGAGAGAAUAAAGUUUGUAUUUAA